AUGGUGAAAACACUUUCCACAAAUCAAGAUGCCGAAACGUUGGACCUAUUUAACAGGGUGGACCACUUUCAGUUGAUGAUGACUGAAUUAAUUGAACAUGACACUUCCUUCUUCAAUUGUCCAAAGGAAUUGAAAUGUAUUAUCGAAGAGAAAUUGGACUCAUUUACACACGCACUCAAAUACGAUAGAUACCUCAGAGUCGGGUAUACUGAAGAGGAUUGUGGAGAUGUGGUUUUUUCAGAAACGGAGCGCGCACUGUUAAGUAUUUUGCAAAUGCAGGAAAAGCAACUCAAACAAAUCGAAGACUUAAAUUUGUUCAUUGAUAAGAGAUGGGACGAUAAGAUUCAAAGCUCAGUCAAUCCAAGCGUUGUGGAGAAUAUGGAAGAGUCUUUGGAAGAACAAACAGUUCAAGCUAAUGAUAUAGUCGAGUACUGUACACAAUACAUGAUAACGGCAAAUAAACUUAAUGACUUGGUUGGUGUAUUAAAUGCUCAAACUGAAUCUCUCAACAACUCUAACAACUUUACAGCUUUCGAGGGACUUCUCAAUUCGACAGAAUGUAAGGAGGAAAUAAUAGAUGAGUGA